AUGCGCUGUAGACUUAAAACCACGGGAUCAGACCUGAUACACAGUAACAAUUGUGGCGCAGGCUGGAUGGGUGUUAGACGGAUGGUGUUACCCAAGAUGGUCGUAGGUCAUACGGCUCGGCGGGUGGUCUCUCUCGUUGAGGGCCGCUGGGGUUAUCAGCUCAUCGGUUCCCUCUCAAUCACAGCAGGCGGUGGGGGGUCCAGUGGAAUUAACCACAGUCGGAAUCUGCCUCCUCACGAGAGCAUGCUCCUCAGCAAGCAGCUCCGGCACGUCCAUGGUAUCACCACCAAUGACCAUGUGUGGUUAUAA